UUUUGAGUUGGAUACUUUAAUAAGAUAUCAGAGUCUGUCCGCUUAUAAAUAAAUGUUCAUAUUCAUGCCUAAAAUAUAUCCAUUUUGUCGACCAUCAUUUAGGCAUUAGCGCUAGCUCUUUGUCUCUCCUCACCAAUCGAUCAAAUCAAAUGGCCAGCCCUGUUAUUUUGGAAGAUGUUGAGAAAGUGCGCCAACUUGCUAAGGUAAUAUGGUACAAAGAAGUAGACGCAAUAAAAAGCAUCAACUUCCCAUCCGAACAGGAACGCUCCAAAUACCUCAGAGAUUGCCGAGACAAUCACAACACCGUGGAAGGCCUUUUGGACCAAGGAGUUGAGUUGCAAAAAAAGUACCAGAACGAUGCUGUUCGUUAUCCCAUCGCCGAGGACAUCUUCUUGUACAUCGUGUAUUGCGCCAACAGUGCACUCCAAACUGUUCGCAACUGCACGGUGAGGAAGGAUUAUUUGAGUAAAAUAAGCACUCACGUGGAAUCCCUCAUCAAGGAAUUGGGAAAUCUGAACACGGGGAAUCCGAGCGAUGUGUCGACUCUGAAAGAGGAAGCAGCCAAAUACAAGGAAUCUAUGUUGAAAUUUAUCAACAAGUAUCGAAGUUCUGCGUCAACUGAGUUCUCGCGAUGGGUCAACCAGCAGGGCCUCACGUUUGACAAACUUGUGCAAAAAUACCAGUACAUUCGUGGACUUGGUGGGCUUUUCAAAGACCUGAAAGAGGAAGACAAGAUACUGGUGUAUGACGAUAUCAUGCAGGCAUCUGGGCGGGGAAGUGUUAUAAAGUCAUGGUUAUCCAAGGCAAAGUCAAUUGGUGGCGCUGCGGUGGUAGUUAUCACCGCAGGCCUGAUGGUGUGGGACAUAUAUUCGUCUGACCACAAGAUUCAAACCGCGACACACGAUGCCGUAGUCAGCACAGCAGCGAUGGGUGGAGCGAUAUUGGGGGAUAUUAUUGGAGCUGCGAUCGCAACCGAUUUGGUUGGUGUGGAGGCAACAUCUAUGUUCGUGGCCAUGGCAGGAUUUGCGACUGGCCUUUUAGGAGCCUUUAUCCUGGCCGGAAUCGCUGGUGGCUUGAUCGAGUUGAUUAUCGGCUCUGGUGGCACCACCGAUAUCAAGACCGACAACCAUAAGUGCUACGUCGCGCCCAUGCCUGAUGGCGUGGUUCUUGCUCGUCAAAUUGCGCAUAAUUAAAAAAAAAAAAAAAA